AAGCGGAUUGUUAAAUACUUUUUUUAAUCGAUUUUUGAAUUGGGACUUAAAUCUGUCCUUAAUUUCUUUAGUAUGCGUUUAAGCUAAGAACAUGGAUGUGAAACUAAUUUAUUUUAGUUGUAUUUUUUUUGUAAUUUUAGUGGAUUUUACUUUUGCUAAUGAUUUCUGGCUAAGCGAAGGAGGAAAUCACGUAAAAAAGACUACUUGGUAUUCAAAAGUAAAGUACAAAUUGAGCAAAAUAAACCUGGAGUGUGGUUUAUGGGCUUUGGGUAAAUGUACCAGAUAUAGGAGUCAGUUUAAUUCUAAACUAGGGUGUGAUGAUGGAUGGACCUACAAAUCUUACUCUGAUAAAGAAUGUAACUAUGCAAUAUGUGAUGGAAAAACCAAUUUCAAUGGAGCUUGUAAUAUCUAUUAUCCUGAUGACCAACAAAUAAUUAGAAGUCAUAGCUCACCACUGAAGUCCAGUGGAGGAAGCUGUACCGGUCCAAACAACUGUAUUGACUGUAAUGAUGGGUUUUACUCUGAUGGCUCUAAUUGUAGAAUUUGCUCUAAGAUCAGUAACUGUAAUCACAGACGAUGUACAACUGCCACAAACCAUAAAUGCAUGUAUUGUGAAGGAGAUGUGGCAUCCAGACCAUAUUGGAGAGCAUAUACUCCAGAAACUGAUGAUGCCAAUUCUUGUCAAAAGACCUGUAACUGGAGAGCUGAAAGUACCCGUUGUUAUCCAGGAACUUGUGCUGAUGAGUUGGCAGCUAAUUGUAAAUGUUCAGGGAACUUUACCGGUAAUCACUGUGAAAAAAUAAUGAAUGAUCCUACCAUUGCAUUUAACCAUGCAGCUUUUUAUGAUAGCAGCAGGCUACACAAGUUGGAAAAUAACCCUAACUAUGUGGAGAAUGAUAUACCUGUUUAUUGGACAAACUUUGUGGGGUUUAGUAUUAUUGAGACUGGUAUGGCUGCCAAGUUUUUACAACCACCAGACACUAGGGAUGCAGAUCAUUAUGUGACUGCUUUUAGAAUUGGACUGAUUGUGCAGAGGAUAACAUUGUCAUUUUAUAAGAAUGGAACCUAUGAGUCAUCACAGGUGAAGUACUGUAGUGGAAUGGACAGGGACCUACCUGUGGAUUCUAAGGAUUGCUCAAACAAGUUUAGCUUAAGUCGCUUUCCAACUACACUACACGAUGAUAAAAUAAUGUUUGCAGUAUCUGCAGAAAAUGGUGGUUAUGUAGAUGUACAUAACAGAGAGACAGAUGGAAUUAACAGAUACUAUUAUGAAGGAAAGACUUUGGUCCGUGAGUUUGAGUUCCACUGGGAUCUUGUCAACCCCUACCAUUGUUCUGUUACACAAGGGUUAGGAUGUGAAGCUUUUGCUUCUGUCACAAAUGAUAUAACAGAUAAUCCAAACAUAACUUUGACCUUCGGAGGCUGGGAAGAUGAUUUGGCUGGAUUAUCAUAUUAUGGCUAUGAAGUUUUUGAGCUUGGUCAUAAUGGAGAGGAGCUAAUUGAUGGUAUGAGUGCAGUAUUUGGUCAAUCCAAGAUACAUGUAGAUAACCGCACAAACACAUUUACUGUUUCUAGACCUGGCGCUUACUCCCUACAUUUUUUUGCCUUUGACAAGGCAGGCAACUAUAAAACUGGAAGGACUUUGUUCCUGUUUGAUGACCAAUCUGUUGUUGAUAAGUAUGAACAUCGGCAGACAAUCUGCUCCACAGCUUCACAGAAUACAUCAUAUGAGUGGGUUAUAACUGAUACAGAUACACUACAGAUAAUAUGGACAGACAGGUUUAUAAAUACUCGACAUGAACACAAUCGUUGGCUUAAUGAGGUGCAGAAGUUUUCUCCAAGUGAAGAGGUCUCUAUAUAUGAAGAUUUAUAUGGCAGGAGGACAAAUAAGUUUCUAAAUAAUCACCAUGGUAUUGUUGAUUUUCAAGUUUCAUUUGAAGUCCAUAGCCCUUUAUUGAAUGAUUCCCGACCUUUGACCUCCGUAUCUGACAUUCAUAACCAGUAUGACAUUCUCAAGGUUAACUGGACUGAUGGAGAUAGACUGACAUCAACAGUAAGGGCAUUGGAUGUUCUUGGAGAAUUUAAUGAGGAUACAGUAAUAAUAUACAGAGAUGCCACACCCCCUGUAAUAGAGAACUUGUGGUUGACACGAGGUGACAGAGUCAAUAUAAGUGUCCAUAGAAUAGAAUAUUUUACACAAAUGACAAUUGAAUGGGUGGCAUAUGAUGAUCACAGUGGUUUGGAUUCUAUUUAUUGGAAACUGUAUGACCAGUAUGGUGGGACUGUAGUCUUACAUGGUCAUGAAGAUAUAAUCACUCAAGGAGGGGCUGAUGCAUUGGAGGACUGUGAAAACAUGUAUAAAUCCUAUGCCAGGGGAGCUAACUGUUACUGUACUCCAUUCAUGGGAUGUUACCAUAGGCAUUUCCAAGUGAAACCAGAGAUAAAAGCACAUGGAGGACUGAUCCACAACUUAUACAAGGGUGUUCAUGAUUAUGAUUACCACAUAGAUAUAUCUGUAACAAACAAAGCUAAUAUUACAACACUCCUCACUAAAAAGAUAACAAUUGAUAUUAGUCCCCCACAUUCAGGUGUGGUCCAUGAUGGUAUUGUUGGCAGUCCAGAAGUAGAUUAUCAACAAGGUCUGACCAUCAGAGCUUAUUGGGACCAGUUCUUUGACAGAGAAAGUGGGGUCUUCUUUUAUCAAUACAUUGUUGGGAGUAGCUGUGCAAAUAAAGAGGAUUUUGAUUUGGAUCUAAGCCAUCCUAAUAUUGUAGAAACAUAUGAAACCUUUGCUAGUGAAACAGUUCUUUCAGAGGGAACUUAUUACUUCACAGUAAUAGCCUAUAACAGAGCAUUAGAACCUUCUAACCCAGUCUGUUCUGAUGGUGUUACAAUAGAUACUUCUGUACCAAAGAUUGAACAAGUGGCUGUUGAGAAUGCAAUAAUUAAAGGAGGCUUGAUAAAGAACACAUUACAAACAAAGUAUUAUAUUCUGGGAUCAGACCGCAAUAGAAGACUUAUUUCGAAUCCAACAACAGAAUGUGCAGACAAGGCAACAGAAAUACCAGAUAUAGACCUAUACCCAUUGGAACAGUAUGAGAAUGGUACUGUAGUAGAAGUGAAUGGUAGUGUGUUCUGUCAAAACUCAACUGGAGCACCAAGUAAUAUAGGGAUAACGCUAUCUAAAUCUUCUAUGAUGGAGAUAUCCUGGGAACCAGUUUUAGUACCAGGACAGAUUUAUGAUUAUGAAGUUGGAUUAUCCUCCACAUCUGGAAGUUCUGCUCCAGAUCUGAUGGCAUUUCAGUCAUCAAAACAACAUGCUCACUAUCUUAUCAUGCACAGUAAUAUACCUGACGGCACUAGGUUCUUUAUUGUUAUUAAAACAAUAAGUAAAUCAAAUAAAGAAGGAAUAAAUUCCAUAGGGCCUUGUUUUGUUGACACCACACCACCAGACUUUACAGGGAGUAUUAGUCUAUCAUUAUCUGGAGACUAUUUGUUAGCCACAUGGGCAUCUGAUGCUUUUGUUGACAGUGAAGAAUUCUAUGACUUGGAAUAUGAAUUUUCUGUUGGACAUGAAAAGUACAGUAUUGAUGUCCAAGGUUAUCUCCCCCUUAGAGAGGGAGGUGGCUGUUCAAUUACCAUGCCACCAAUUUGUACAGCAGUGAAAAUCACAGAUUUAGACUGGUACCUUCAUGGACAUCACACAUAUUUCAUUUCUAUCAAAGUAACCAACACAGCUGGGUUGACCACUAUACAGGCAUCCAGUCCAUAUAUCCAUGAUGUUCAAUUACCAGCUGAAGGUUUGGUUCUAGAUAUUGAUUCACAGAAUUUUACAACAGAUAUGCGCUUGAAGGAUAUAGAAGAUAUUGAUUUUAAGGCAGACAAAACAAGUAUAGCAUCAAGAUGGUCUGGAUUUGCACACCCACAUUUAAAUGUGACUUAUAGAGUCAGUAUUGGUUCUUCAAAAGGAGGAAGUGAUAUAAUAUCAUUAAAAGAUGUUGGGAUUGUUACAGCAUAUAAAGAAACAGGUUUAUCUUUAGACCCAUUAAAGAAAUAUUUUGUAACUGUGACUGCAGUGACAUCUGCUGGCAGCAUUAGUGUUUCUUCAGAUGGUGUCACUAUAGUAACAGAGAAUGCUGCAUUGUCAGGAGUGAAGAUAUAUGACGGGAAACCUUGUAACAUGACAGGUUUUACCCUAGGUCAUCAUGAAGUGGACCACAGAUUUCCCUGUCCAGAUGACAUAGAUGUCCAGAUGUCAUUGAACUCUAUCAAGGCCUACUGGACUGUACCAGAGGAUAUACAGUUGUAUACUUUUGACGCAUUGUUUGCUAUAGAGAGACGAUCAUCUCUGGGAGAUAUUUGGCUUCCCUUCCACGGCUUUGACUACGUUUCCACAGUGUUUGACAUAACAGUAGACAAUUUAACACUAUCACCUGGGACCAUGUAUCGUGUUGUUUUGAAACUUUGUGCCAAUACAAUUUGUUUCCAGACAAUAAGUACAGAUGGAGUAAUGGUGAUGUCUAGUCCUCCAGCAACAGGGGCAAUAACUCUACAACAUCUGAAUUUGACUGCUGGUGGUGGAACUGAAAAGCUGCUUGUGACCUUUGACCAAUUUUAUGACCCAGAUAUAGAGAACACUACAGAAAAAUAUGAUGCAGUCCCAACAUAUGAGUAUGCCAUUACUGAUAAUUCUAUACUAGGAAAAAUGUACACACCAUGGACUUCAAUUAAAAGUCAAAGUACAGAAAAUCACAAGGUUUCCUUUGAGGUGCCUUUAACUGGUGAGAUGGAUUUUUCUAGAUGUAAAAGAUUUACGAUUAGAGGUUAUAACAAAGCCAAGCAUUAUUCCAUUGUGUCAACAGAGAUCAAAGAUUGUACAGCUUACAAUCCUAUACUUAUUAACCCAAACAUUGUAAUAGAUGCUGUAGGACAACCUGAUCUAGUAGAUGGAGUUGGAAGGACAAUUUAUCUGACCAAGAAUGACUACUGGCCAGAGGCUGACCAAGAUUACACACCAUACAAGAAUGUUAUUUCUGCUGUCUGGCCAACUCUGCGUCAUAGAUCUUACACUUAUGCUGUUCUGAAUGCUAAAACAAUAGAUGUCACCACCUACUAUCGUCAAAUUAACCAGCUGAGUUUGAAAGACCCAUGUGAUCACCCUGAUGCUAUAAAAUGUGGAGCUACAAAUUCAGAGUUUAUGAAUGUUGAAUUUGCUGAUGGAGAACUGAUUCAUGGUACAAGGUAUACAGUGUGUAUCCAUGCUAAUCCUAGAGUGAUUGAGUAUGAGAUGUGGACAGACAUACUCGCAGAAGUUAAUACAUGUAGUGAUGGUAUCAUUGUGGAUCUCACUCCUCCGGUGGAUGGGAGAGUGUGGAUUGGUAAUAUUCCAACGGUUACACAUCAGACUGUUAUUACAGAUAUGUAUGUGAAUUGGGAUGGUUUUUAUGAUGUUGAAGAGUACAAUAAUGGUCCUCAUUCCACAGGCAUAAAGGAGUAUAUAUUGGGUAUAGGAACAACCUCUGGAGGAAAUGAUGUGUUCCCAUUUGAGAAUGUAGGAACAGUACAGCAUAAAGCCUUACAUGGAUUAAAUCUACAGAACGGUUACAAAUAUUAUGCUACAAUAAAAGCUGUAGAUUUUGCUAACAGAGAAACCACAGUAAUGUCAGAUCCUGUGAUUGUUGAUAUUACUCCACCAGAGAAGUCAAAUGAUCCCAUAACAAUUACAAAUCUACAUAUAACAUCCACCACAGAAAUUGAAGCAUGCUGGAAGAAUGUGUUCGCAGACUUAGAAAGUGGGAUAGAUUAUUUCCUAUGGUCGAUAGGAUCAGAACCAGGCUAUGUAGAUAUGAUGCCAUUUGUUACAGUUUUUGAGGAGUGCGAUACAACAGAUAAAAACAACCGUCUGGAUCUGCUAGACGGCCAUUAUUAUUAUAUCAAUGUCAGGGCUUUUAACAAAGCUGGAUUAUCAUCUUUGGCUACAUCCUGGGCUUUCCAAGUAGACACAACGCCACCCACAGUUGGUCAUGUAUAUGAUGGAGAUAAAACAAUGUUAACAGGAAAUGUAAAGGAUAUAGACUACCAGACAGAGACAAAAGUUAUACAUGUAUACUGGGAAGGAUUCCAUGAUACUCAUUCGAUCAUACAGGAUUAUUACGUAUCAGUUGGAACCUGUCCCCAGUGUGAAGAUAUUCUGACAAAACAAGCUGUAGGAAUAACUAAUGAAUUUACAUUAAAGGAUAUCCAUCUUGGAACAGGAUUACAAUAUUAUACCACUGUUACAGCAUGUAAUACUGCAUCUAUGUGUACUUCUGUUACUUCUGAUGGUGUUAUUAUUGACAACAGUCCACCCAUUGCUGGUCAUGUACAAGAUGGUACAGGGUUCUAUGACACACAGUACCAGUCUAUGAGAACAUAUAUAUCUGCUAAAUGGUAUGGAUUUGAUGACCCUCAAUCUGGUUUACAAAAAUAUGAAUGGAGGGCAGGUACCAGUAUAGGUGGAGAUGACAUUGUAUCCCCAACAGAGCUACACUUGACAGAGGUUCUAGCACUUAAUGAUCUUAAUCUAAAUCUGCCUGUAAAUCAGAAAAUUUAUCUUACUGUCAGAGCUUAUAACAGAGCAGGUUUAUGGACAGAAUCUUCAUCCAAUGGUUUUAUUGUGGACAUCACAGCCCCUGUUGUAUCAACCUCAUUGACCUUUGCAAAGGAUUAUGGGAUUAAUGGUCUAACACAGAUAUACAGAGACUCAAUUAAAGUAGAAUGGGACAUAGAUGAUCCAGAAUCGUUCAUAAUAAGACAGUAUUUAUCUAUCAGUUCACACAUUGGUGGAGAGUUUAACUUGUCUUCAAUACAUGUAAAUGGAAUAGCUAGGUGGUAUGUUAUAACAGGACUAGACCUACAUGAUGGUGUGACAUACUAUGUAACAUUAAUCUCCUGUAAUGGAGCAGAGAUCUGUAUUACCAGUACAUCUCCAGGGAUGUUCGUAGACAGCUCGCCACCAUCCAGAGGAAUGUUUGCUAUAAAUACAGACCAUGCUGUCAAUUCUGACCUAUCUAGACAUUCUGAUGGAUGGAUGACAUGGACAUAUUCAACUCUAUUUUUAGCAUGGCUGGGUUUUAGUGAUGCACAUUCUAGUAUAAACCAUUACAAAGUUACUGUUGGAUCAUCUUAUAUGGCUACUGAUGUUGGCAAGAAACCAGAUGCUAAGUAUUCACAUUCCACUGCUAAUGAGGAUAAUGGAGAUGAAGGCAAAGUUCAACUUUUCAAAGUUCAAACUAAAGGCCUGAUCAACUACGAUAUUCUCUAUGUUACUAUUUGGGCUGUAAAUGGUGUUGGUUUAAGAAGUGAUCUUAUUUACUCUGCCUUCAGAAGAGUGCCAGGAGGAGCACUAGAGUUGAUCAGACGUUGUGACUCAAUGUCAUGUGAAGGUCAUUGUGUUUGUGCUCCGCAGGACCAGAAAUGUCCAACUUCACCUAGUUUAAAAUCUUGUACAGACAUAACUACAAAUAAUUCAAACAGUAUUCUGCUUGUCAUGGAUUCAAAUGGAUACUCUUCCACUGACUUGUCCUUUACUUCAUCAGCAAAUGUUCUAAGAGGACAAUGGAUGAUAUCACAGUCACAAGGACUGGCUCCUCUGUGGUAUGAAUGGAGUGUUGGUUAUACUGGAUUUUCUACUCCAACUGGUAUAUAUAAUCUAGUAGACCAAAAAAAUUGGCAAGAUGGAGGACAGUUUACAGAUGGAGUAUAUAUAACCAAUAGAGGUGUGAAUUUUGUUGAACAUUCAUCAUACAGUUUCUAUGUGAGGGUUUGGUACACAGUGGACUCUUAUGCUGUCUUCAUGUCAGAUGGUAUUACUGUAUUCUCUCAAACUCCACCGGUAACAUCUGUCCGUGGUAAAGUUGUUACAGAAAAGACCCUAGGAAACAAUGCCAAAGAUCAAGAUUAUAUACAGACAGGAAGACCCAUGGUUAUUGAUUGGAGUGGCAAAUUCUUAGAGGCAGAAGAUUUGGUUCAAAAGUACAAAAUUUAUCUGAGUACAUACCCUGGAGGUCAUGACAUAUGGGCUGGAAGUGAUGAAUUAUCAGGAAGUGCCACUGGUUACAACAUAUCUCGAUUAAGUCUGGUACCCAGCGUUUUGUACUUCACAAAUGUUGUAGCAUAUACCUACUCUGGAGUUCAUACAACUGUGACCUCUGAUGGAUUUAUUGUGGAUGUUCACUCUCCUGUCUCUGGUAUAGUGUAUGAUGGGAUAGGAAGAUCUGACCUGGAAUACCAGAACUCAUCAGAUUUUAUAUCAGCUAGAUGGCAUGGGUUUAUUGACACUGAUUCCGGUAUAAAGGAGUAUAGAUGGUGUGUAGGAACAUCAGUUGAUCCUUCUGAAUGCUCUGUCAUAGGCUGGACAAAUGUUGGACUACAUGUAUCAGUAUCAAGGAAUUUAUCAUCUAGUAUUACACAAGGGAAUAAAAUCUACAGCAAGGUAUAUGCCAUUGAUAAUGUUGGUUUAAGAUCAGACACAGCUAUAUCUGAUGGUGUUGUCAUAGAUAUAACUCAACCUGUUUCUGAAAAAUUUCUACAUGCAGAUGUUAAUCUUGUCAGUAAUCCAUCAUUUGAAAACACAAGUGGAAGUGAAGUUAUGUGGGAGGAUGUAAAUUCAACUGAUAUUUGCAUGUUAAGUUAUAUUUACUAUCCAUCGUCAUGGUCACCAGAACCAUUGGCGUGCUUGGCAGUCGUAUCUUCAGAUGUUAAUUUGGCCAAAGAUGGACGUUCAUUCUUGUUUAUUAGAGGAAGUGUUCAUCAGAGAUUAGAAAAUAUAAUUGCUGGAACCCUUUAUAAAGUCUCUUUCUUUUCAAGUCAUUUACCAAUUUGGGACUCAGCAGCAGCUAAUAAACAAGGAUUCAUACAGCUUGGAGACCACAAUGAAAUAUUCUUAAUAUAUACAAAGGCAUAUAGGAGAGAUAACCAUGGAGAUAGCUCUAGAGAAGAAGUAUCCUGGCACAGACACACUUACUAUAUUAAAGCUAAUGAGGAUAAUGUAAAUUUGACUAUUGGAAGUGCUGAUCAGAAAACAGGAAUAUUAAUAGAUGACCUCUCUGUACUGGAAGUGACAUUAGCAAGUAAUGACAUCUCUGGUGGACAUAUCUUAGGCCAUAUUGUUUAUAUACAUGAAUGGGGGUCAAUUCAUGGAUCUUGGAGCUUUGCAGACCCAGAAUCUCCAAUUAUAGAUUACGCUUGGGCUAUUGGUUAUGCAGAAGGAGGUACCCAGAUCCAGCCAUUCAGGAGUGUAGGAGUGAUGAACUUUGGUUACAACAAUAACAUUACACUGGUUCACAAUGUCUACAUUUAUAUCACUGUUAUUGCCACAAAUGCUGCAGGACUGAGGGGUGUGUCAUAUUCAGAUCCAAUACUAGUAGACUUGACACCCCCAGAUAUCAAUUAUAUCAAUGAUGGCUUAAGUAUAGAUGAAGAUUCCUGGAUCUUAAAUGAAGUGUCUGCUAAAUGGGAAGUAGAAGAUUUACAAUCUGGUAUCAAGGAAUGUAAAUGGGCAAUAGGCUAUCUACCUGAAAGGACAGACUUGCAAAUCUACACCACAGUAGCAGGUAACACAGGUACAAGGGAAUUUGACUACAGUGUAUUGGAGGGUUAUACCGUCUAUUCUACACUGAGUUGUGAAAACAAUGCUGGCUUGUCUUCGGUUAGAUCUACUGAUGGAGUGAAAAUCACAGAGAAACGUCCCUCCACUGAUCAUGCUGAGGUAGAGGUUGUUGGUAUAUCGUCUACACAGUACAAUCCUCAGAGUGGAUUCCAGGGAGUUACAGAUAACAUAAGACUGAAAUGGUCUGGGUUUACUGAUAAUGUUGGUAUAGAUGCAUAUGUAGUAGAUGUUGGUGAUGGCAGGUCAGAACUAAUGUUUUUCCCUACAGAACAAGAUUUGAUGUAUACCCACUUCACACAAAUGUCUAUAGCCAGUGAUAUUCAACAAAAACUUUCCAUUCAGGCAGUUAAUAAAGUCUUCCUCAGAAGUGCUAAAGUGACAGAAGACUUAAUGGUGUAUCUGGACACACCACAGGUUGAUGCUGCAAAAACUGUGAGCGUAUUAUGGAAAGAGAAUAAAUUUAUGGCAUCAUGGGAAGGAAUUUUCUUGUCAGACCACCAUUUAUACUAUGAGGUGUCUGCUGGAACACAUGAUAGUGGUGUUAAUAUUCUUCAAUGGCAGUAUACAAACCAUACCAGUGUAACAUUUGGACUGCCAGCAUCUGUUCAGGCAUCAAGUGGAUUAAAGGUCCAUAUUACCAUAGGAGCAGUCUCUACAGGAGGAUUUUAUAACUUUGUUAAAGGGACAGUUAUACUUCCCUAAUUGUUUGACUAUACUCUUUAAAAUAUACACAAUGUCCUCAAUUACAUAAAUUUGUAAGCCAAAAAUAGUUUUGUUGAACUUGUAAUCACUGUAAAUGUACUUUAAUGUAAAACAUUCUUCUUGUUCAAAACCAUUGACACAAUUUUAAACCAAAAUAAAUGAAAUAUAAACACUGAAAAAUGUCAAUUAAAGUAGAUAGGAGCUGACUUUUGUGAUACUGGCUUUGAUUUGCUAUUUCAGUGAAAAAUGUAACCCCAAAGGAAGAAUAACCUUUGGAUUCUUGGAAAUAUGUAGGAAAUAUUUUUUUUUUAGAACAAAUUCAAACCGAAAGAAAAGUACCUUGCUAGAUUUUGUCAAGUAUAUUUUUAAUAGGUAAUUGACUAAGACCAUAAUGACCUUUAUCAAUAAAUGCUCUUCUUAGCUUAUUGUUGAAUAGAUAUUAGAUUAUAAUUAGCUUUCUACUUUUAAGGUGUUAAUGUUGUAUACAAAAAAUGGACAUGUGAACUGUCUUUAUACAAAAAUUAAAUUUACUGAACAAUGUUAUCUGUGAUAUUUUUUUUUAAUUCUUAAAUGUUGUUAAGUAAAAUUUUGUAUCAAUAAAACUUGUUAUUUCAUUGUU